UUGAGUUACACGAGGCCUGAGUUAAGUCGUUGUAUGAUCAUAGUUAAUAUCUAUCGACUACGAAUUAGUGGUUGCAGCUAUGUAUCAACCAUUUCGCAUUGAACAAUCAAAGAUCGGUUGUAAAAAUUUCACUCGCACACAAAGCUGAUACUUAAGCAUGAAUCAUUGCUAUAGUGAGUAUAGUCUGUAGGUGUAAAUGUAUAAAUAUAUUACUCGAGAGCACGCGCUAUGCCAUGUAAAAGUGCUUGAAUAGAGGUAUCAGAUACGAUCCACGAGUUCAGGGUUAUGGAGCAGAUCAAACGACGAGCGUUGUGUUGUAUGCCAUUAAUGGACUUCCUUUGAUGAACCAGUAUGACAGGGAAUUCCACGAUGAUGAUGUUUUGGAAUUGUGCAGUUUGUACAUUUACAAGGACAGAGGAAAACUCAGAAAUUCAGAUUCAAGACGAGUUGGAUGUACUCAGUCCUCAAAAUCCAGACACAGGGAAGAUCAUUCAAGUGCAGAUUAUUCUCCUGAAUCCAUACAGGAUGUAGCAAUAAAAACAGAGCCUCAAGAUAUGGUUGACUUAUCAGUUAUAUCUGAAAGCUGUGUUCGGUGGGCAGAAAUGUCACAAGUUGAGAGUGAACCUAGUGAUGCAGAAACCAUCAGUUCUGACAGCAGCAGUGAUGAUUGGGAUGAUUAUGAAAGUUAUAGCAGCAAUAGUGAUAAAUCUUCAAGGGACAUGCUGGUUACCGAAAGUGAUGAAGAUACUAACAAGUGGCUGACACUGGAGUCUAGAAAGGCAAGGCAGAAAACAACUCACAAGAGCAACAAGAACAAAAGAAUCUCUUCUCACCACGUGGAUUCUCAGAGCAAAAAUUUCUUUAUUAAUUCUGGUUCUUCUGUUCAGCACUCGUCUACAACAUUGGACACAUGCAUUGCAGGUCCUGAUCAUUACUCUUCUGACUGUGUGCCCACAGAUGACAGAAACUUCUUAGCAAGACGGCACCAACAUAAAGCAAAUGCACCCACAAGGAAAAUUGUGCCUAUUCAAUUGUUCCCUGAAACAAAUCAGUUGCAGAAAACAAGCAAAAGGAAAGAUAAGCAAUCUAUUUUAUCAUUUCAACAACAAUCAUCUUUGUCUUUAAAUGCCAAGUACUUAAAAGACACUUAUUCUGUCUCAAAUCAUCAUGCAGCUGAUCAAACAGAAUUGAAACAACGGUAUACCUGCAUAUUAUCUCAGAAUAAAACUGUGCCUGUUCAGUUUUUGGCAGAGAAGGCUCCAGUGAAAAAAACGAAAGAAGAAUGUAGCCUGCCGAUGUUGCAAAAACCAUCUUUGUCUUUUCUUGUCAAGUACUUACACGACACAAAUUUACGCCAGGCACACAGAAGGGAAGCUACAGGUGGACAACGUGUGACUGAACAUUACCAAAAAGAUAUGCUUGCAGAAAACAGAAGUAGUAGAGACAUGCUUACAUCCAGUGAGAGCCUAGCAUGCUCAAGGGAAGUAUUGAACAUCUGUCGUCCAUCUGUGAUCAAGUCAACUAUUUCUGUAAAAAGUGAGGAAUGUUGUUGGCCAGCAAACACUACGUUUAACUCGCAUCUAUGUCAUAAAGAUCAGGUAUUGGUUUCCAGUAAAAUGAUUACAAAAUGUUCUGAAAAUGAAACAAAGUUACCCCAUGAUAUCAUAGAGGAAAAGCUGCAUACUUCAAACAAGGUCAGAUGUGCAGUUUCUUCAGGUGCUUUAGCUUCACAACAUGAAUUUGAUCCACAGCUACCAAGUAGCUAUGAAAUUUCUAAGGCCAAGCCCCAAACAGUUACUAGCUUAGUUGAAUCCAGCACAAAUCCUCUAAAAUUGAUUAAAACAGAGUCUCCAAAACUUCUAGAACAAGCAAGAAAAAGGUUUGUUCCAGCACCUUUUCCAUCCUUGACUACAGAGGAAGUUCAUCAGCUCUUUAGCGAAACGAACAUGGACAUGUUUGUUAAGCUUUGCACAGAACCCUCAAUGGAAAGGGCAGCAAAACUGCCCCAUGCACCAAAAGAAUACAGGAAAGCAAACAACCUGGACUGUACCCUUAAAAAGGAAGUAUUGUGUGUUAGACCAGAGCUCUGUACAAUAAUAAAAAGUAAUUUGCACCAGGAAAAACUAGGACAUCUAACAGACCGUUUCAGGCAUAUGAAUGAAACACGAACGAUCCAAGUUAAAGAGUCAAACAGCGAUAGGACAAACGAUGUUAGGCUUCACAGUCCAGUGUCUUUUUCAAAGAGGUGGGAACAAUUUCAGACCCCCAAAAAGAUGGAAAGUUUGUGCUCGACUCCUCAGUCAACACCUUGUCACAGUCCUUUACCAGCAGAAGAAUCUAGUUUUUCACCUUUGGUAACUGGACAUAAUUUACUAGCAUAUAACAAAGGAAAAAUAUCAGACAUGCACAACUUUAAUACAUGCAGAGAUAUAGCUGUAUCUUGUACGAAGAUGCUCAAUAGAAUGACACUAUCAAAUCCUUCUAGUCCAAGACGUGACUGUAGAGCAGUCACUCAGUUGCCAUCAAAUACAUCAACAUCAUCAGGUCUCUACUUUCCUGGUUCACCAUCUUCAACGUGUUCAGCAGAAGGGCUUCAUGCCAAAGUUUCAGGCAUAGAUGUAUAUGAAGCUUUCACAAAUCUGAAACUAGCAAGCAUUGAAAAAAAGAUAAAAAAGUACAAUGAAAUCUUAGAUACCAAACUUUCAAAACAUAAGGACCAAACAAGAGGCAAAAAGCAUGGUUUUGUGCAAAAAAACCUUAAAAAGUAUGAAAAUUAUAUGUGUUCAGAUAGACAGGGGACAGCGCAAGGUUUAAUCACAAAUUCUGCGCCCUUCAGCAAGAAGUCGUCUUCCAAGCAUACAUUGAAAUGUGCUUUCCCUUCGAAGGAGUUUCUGUCAUGUGCAGGAAUUGCUGAAACUGGUGAAUUUUCUGUGUGUAAAUCAUCUUCAAACAUAAAGGAGGGCAAAAACGUUUUACCAUCCAUAAAAUCUGAAUGGAUGUCCAAUAGUAGUGCAGAUCCCUCAAGCCAAAUCAGAACCUUGUACAGAGGAAAAAGUAUAUCCUGUAGCUCCAAUAAUUCAGAUAUUAAUGAUCUGCCAAAGGUCCCUCUCCAAGUGCCCACAACAAACAACUCUCCCAGACUAUUUCAUAAUAUGGUACACAUUUCUAGCAGUCCAAAACAAUCAUCCCAGUCUGAGCGUCUGCUGCUUUCAGAGACUUUCAGUAUCAGUCCCUUAUCAAGAAAGCGCAGGCUGGAUGCUGCUGAGUCUCACCCAUAUCUUCCUGCUCAUGUCUUAAUGGAAAGAGGAAAAGUCUCAUCAUGCAAAAGACAAAGAACAAAUAGAACAUUUACCACCAGCACUCCUGUAAAAAGUUCACCAAAGGAAUCAGGAAAAAGUUUUUGUAUGGAUGAUACAUUAUCUACAAUAGCUGGAGAUUUUCAUGUAACUAUGACUAAUGUUCACCAUUCAGAUAGUGAAAGCAGUGAAGAAGACACUGUUAUACUUGUCUCUUAGGAAAGAUUUGGCAAAAAGCUGACACGAUUGUUUUAUUGCUUGGGAUUAACAUUAAGUAUCAUUUUUUUUUUUUUUAUAGAGGAUACAUUUUUAAAGUCCAGUAUACUCCAUCUUUUGUCAUUAAAAACAUGUAUUUAACAACAAAAUGGAUAUUUCAAAAAAUAUAAAUGUCAAAGCUUCUUAGUAUCUCCCAUAUACUGUUACAGCAGAUACAGUCACUUUAGUACCAGAAUAAUCUUUACUUUGGAAUGCAAGAUUUUGUAUGAUCAGUUACAUAAAAAAAACGUUCACUGACAUUUAUGCAUGCAAAUGCAUUGGAAAAUCUACCAAAAGUGCACUUAGGAGUCUUUGUCUUUCGCUUUAUGAUUCGGCUUUGGGUUGUCAUUUUUGGUGAGAGAUUUUUAUUGUCUAUAUUAUUGCCUAAGGGUUUUUCAUGAAGUAUGUGUAUUAAUGCAAUUUCUUGUGAGACAAAAUAUAAAAGUUUAAAAGCUACUGACCACAAAUAGAAGAUUCAACAUGAUUAUACACACGACUUUUAAAAAUUAUUUGAAUAUUUGUGAUCAGUCGUAACAGACAAACUUUCACUUCACUUUCAAAUAAACUUAUCUUUAAGGAACAUGAGAAAGCUAUUGAUAAAUGAUUUACAAAGAACAGCCAUGUGAUGUAGUUCCAGAUCUGUGAUUAACAUGGGAUAGAACAGAUAAAAACUGAUUCCCUCAAACUAGAGUGGUGGAAUUUCUUGGCUUGAGUGGCAUAUGGUUCACUAUGAUAUAGAGUUAGACAACAUUGUAUUUUUGUAAUACAGCUUACACUCCAGGGAGCUCAUAAAAGUAAAAACAUGCAUGCGCACCACUUACAAUGUGAAAAUGGCUAUUUUGAUAGAGAUUUAUGUGCGCAUGCUUGUGUGUGUGUGUACACACAUGAUGAAAAAGAAAGGGAGAAAUUCUGUUCUUGUUCAUAAAAGACAAGUAAAGAACUAAUAUUGGAAAUGAACCAUAGCUUGCUUCGCUUACUAGGAUUGUGUGGGUGAAUUGUCAGUAUGUUAAUGUUAUAAAGCAUUUAAUGCAAAUUAGGCAUGUAUUUUUACUAAUUCUCUGUGCAUAUUUAACAGGUAAUGUAAGAAAGAAAACUCAGUAGACCACAUGCCAAAAUGGAGCUUUGAGUUUUUAAUUGUUAAAUACAAAUAAAAGAUAUUACAGUUUUUUCCUAUUUCUCUGUGUAUGAAUAGCACAAGUACAAAGCAGUAUGAUGGCAAGAUCUUAUGGAAGCGUACAAGUUAUUAUUCUUAAAAAGAAAAAAA